AUGCAAGUGAUGAAGAUCCAAAGUAUUGUGGUAAGAUUCAGUAUUUAUAUUUCCAAACUUUCUCAUCAUUGUUGCUUGACAAAUGCAGGCGUCAGCUGCAGUUCGAAUGAAAUUCGUUGUAGGAAUUCGACUGGUGGCCGAUCAUGUGUACCUAAAUUAUCGAUGUGUAAUGGGACUCGGGAUUGUGCUGAUGGAAGUGACGAAGAUCCAAGCUAUUGCAAUAAAAACUGCAAUUCUGGUGAAAUUCGAUGUUUGAAUUCCAUUGGUGGCCUAGCAUGUGUAUCUAGAUCAUUAAUGUGCAACGGUGUUCGGGAUUGUGCUGAUGGAAGUGAUGAAGAUGUAAAAUAUUGUGGUGGAUAUUUUCUUGCUGGUCGUUCAAUGCAUUUCAUACCGGUUGGCGCUUCUUUAUUUGCAUCAAACAUUGGCAGUGGUCAUUUUAUUGGUCUAAGUGGUUCCGGUGCUUCGAGUGGUAUAGGUGUUGCUGGUUUUGAGUUAUCAGUAGGAAAUAAGAAAAAAACAGAUACUUUUUUUUUAUCAAUAUAG